AUGAAAGAUAAGAAGCUCCCUAUUCUUGUUGAAAUGGCCGCUGAUAGCCCAGGCAAACCAUUUCUGUCAGCGCUUAAAACGUUUAGGUUGAGGCUGCUUUACGCAAAUGCUGGCUACGACCGCAUGGUUGGCUGGCAGACCUCUUCUAUUCGCAGAGCAGCUGAGCUUCCCGUGAUUGCGAAAGCAGCAAUCAGUCCGCUUUAUCGCCACAUCGUGCUCGUCCAGAAUUCUCCUGCUGUUGAAGGCACUAACUUGCCUGAUCCACACUCGUUCACUACUGAUCCAUCGAAUGACUUCGAGCUUUAUCAUGAGUAUAUGAUUGCCGGAUUGCAACAAGUCUCAUGGAGGAAGGUGGACGUGAACUUUGAGGAGGCAUUUUUGCCAUUUUUCGCCCACAACUACAUCCAUGUGAAAAUGGAGUGGUUGCACUUUGAAGGUGCUGGGGUUAUCAGACAUGUAGCUGACACAAUUCUCGAGCAGCAUUCUGACGCCUUUCUUAGCAAACUGUAA